CGUUUGGAUUUUGCAUUUUGAUCGCUCUUUUCUGCUGGAUUUUCUUGUUCUCAUUCUGUGUUUUUCUGAUUCAUUUAACUGUUGUUUUCUACUUAAAUACGAGGCCCCUUUUUUUCUGUUUCUGUUUACCUAGAACUUGUCUGGUUGUAAAGAUUUGAGGGUAAAGUUCCAACUUGCAAAGUUUUGAUAAUGAUGGAAGGCUAAUGCUGAGUCCUUUGUUAGGAUUGCUUUAUGGAAUACUUCCUUUGUCCCAAUUAAUGUGACUUGCUACUAUUUGGAAUGAAAUUUUCCUUGAAUAUAUGUUAUACAACUUUCUUAUUUUAUUCUGUAAUCUUUAUUUCUGAAAAGGUAAAGGAAUCAGUUUACAACCUGAAGAAUAGAUAUUUUGACUAUUCCAUAAUGAUGGCAUAAUCAGUUUAAGUAGUCUCUAGAUUUGUGAGUGAAUAUCGUCUAUGCAUUUAUCACGGCAUACAAGGUUUCUAAGAGUAGAAUUUUCUAUGUAAAACCUGAUAUACAUUUUGCUUGUUACUUUAUUUUUACCGUUUCUUUAGCCGAGGGUCUAUCGGAAACAAUCUCUCUGCCUUUAUAGGAUAGGGGUAAGGCUGCGUACAUACUACCCUCCCCAGACCCCAUAUAUGGGAUUAAGCUGGGUUUGUUGUUGUUGUUGUUAGCCUGAUAUACAUUAGUUAUGUUACAAGUGGAGCCUGAUAAGAUAAGCUUAUAUAGACCAAUGAGUAUUUAAUACCAAACUAAGAAUUGAGUUUAUCAGCCGCUGUUAUUUGAAGAUCAUUUGAACUUCCCGAGGCCCCAAAAUACUGCAAGGCUGCAAAAAUUCAAACUUUGUUGCCAUAUUUGCGCCCUGCAAUUUUUUAAAACUGUUGUGUAGGUGCUUUAUUUCAAAUGUUUUAGAACUGCUUUAAGGCAGCUACACAUGAGAUUACAUGUACAUAAUUGAUUCAAAUGGCCUUCUCUUUAUUUCAUUGUUUAAGAGGAUCAGUGACAGGUCACAUGGAUAUACCAAAAGGAGACAAGCUUGUGCUUAGGGGUUUAAAGUUCCACGGAUAUCAUGGGGUGAAGCCAGAAGAGACGAAGCUGGGGCAGAAGUUCCUGGUCGAUGUUGAUGCUUGGAUGGAUCUUCGGCCAGCUGGUAAAUCUGACUGUUUGUCAGAUACUCUAAGUUACACUGAUAUAUACAAAAUAGUGAAAGAGAUUGUGGAGGGUCCACCUAGAAAACUUCUAGAGAAGGUGGCUGAGCUCAUAGCAUCUACAACGCUCGACAAGUAUCCACAGGUAUCUGCUGUUCGUGUUCAAGUUGGGAAGCCGCAUGUGGCUGUUCAAGGAUCUGUUGACUAUUUAGGUGUCGAGAUCAUAAGGCACAGAGGUCUUGAUGGUUAAAACCACGUCUUAUUGCUUGUAUUAAUUUUUGUAAUUCUAAAUCGUGUUGUUCAAUAACCGUUUUGGUUGAAAGCUAGUUCCUUUUCCAUCUGCAUUUGCUCUUGGUUAUAAAAAAACUAUCUGGAUUCCUGCUUCAA